AUGAUAACCGUUUAUGCACCGGCAGUACUAACUUUUGGGCAGUUAAUAACAACAGCAAGAUGCAUCAACCUGAUAGGCUACUUUACCUCUUGGGCCAAGGGUCGGGUGUUACAAUCAGAUCAAAAUGGAACGAAGGAGAAUAAGAAGAAUGGUGAGGACAAAGAAAAUGUGAAUAAAAAGAUGGAGGACUAUUUGGACGAAAAGAUAAAAAUUAAUAACCUGCGCAGUAAAAAAAUGAGUUCUUUAAAGCCUAUAUUUAUAAACCCAGAGGAGGAAAUUCAUUACUACCUUAGAAGUGAUGGCAAUUACGAUGAGCUCUAUGCCAAGUACCCCUUAUGUGAAGCCAAGUAUAAAAUAGCAGAUAAGCUAAAAGGUCUUAGUAUAUUCCAAAAAAUGAUGAAUAAAAAUAAAAAGCUAGCCGUAUUGAAGACGUGUAUAAUGGAGAUGUAUGGUGUACUAUUCGUUACUGUUAGAAACACCGACGACAUCCUUUCCGUGGUUUCCACCAUCUAUGGGUACAUACCAUAUGGAUUAGUCAUUCUAACAUUACUGGGGUUGUUGCUAACCUUUAACAAAUUUUUGUUUUACCUUGGUCUCAUUUUCCCCACCCAAUUAAUACUGAACGAUUAUGUAUUGAAGAAUAUGAUAAAAAUGGGUAGACCGGUUCAUAGUGCAUUGCGAUGCUAUGGAAUGCCAUCCGGACAUAGCGCCUUUUCUUUCAGUUUACUCACCUUUAUGUUACUGCAUCUACCAGAGUCCAAAAAAGAUAAGUGGACCAUAAUGGCCUACCUCCUUGCCCUCAUUGCGCUGUUACCAAUACCUUGGAGUCGUUAUUACAUCCAGGAUCAUACCCUGUCACAGGCUCUCGCUGGCUGCCUCGUGGGAUUCAUCAUCGGUGUUACAUUCUACAUGAUAAAGAAGCAAUUUCCGAAGCAGAAGGAUAAUACCGCGUAG